CUUCACAACACUUUCACUCUGUCUAACCUCCCAGGACCACUUUCAUAACCAGAGCUCCCCCCUUUAUUCCCGCUGCCGCUUUACAUCAACAAACUUACAACAACAUCAAACACAUCAUCGAAAUGGCAGAUCAGGACAACUCUGCGCCUAGACCUGUCGAGCUCCUCAAGGUUGACCAUGGCCUUCGUCUUGUCCGAAUCACAUCUCAAGACAGUCAAUUCCUGCCACCCUCUGCCGCCGCCAUGCGCGAAUCCAACACCACCACUCCUGAGAUGUCAAACAUUCUCUCACGCAUCACCUACCUCGAAAAAGCCCUCGCCCACCAAACCCACCUAAACGAACUCCACGAAGCCCACACAGCCAAAAACUUCCACGAACAACUUUGCAUGAACACAGAUCGCAAGUCACGCAUCCGUGAAACUCUCAAAAUUGUGGAUGAAAAGUUCGCAAAGCUUGAUGCACAGCGCAUGGGUCAGGAGAGAGUGAUCAAGCAGUUGGAGGUCAGAGCAAACAGUCAUGGAUUGCAGUUGUCUAGGCUGAGCAAGAGGGUUGAGAUGCUCGCUAAUGCGGGUGAGUGGAUGGAAAGAGAGUGUCAGGAGGUGGGUAGUCGCUGUGACAAUCUUCGCGCAAUGAUCGAGGGGAUGCAGGAAGACAAGGAGAAGCAGGGACUGUGCUGUAACGGACUGCGCAAGGCCAUUGACCAGAUGAAGAUAAAGAAGGAAGAGCUUGCUACGAGAGUUGAUGGUCUUGGUCAUGGCUACAAACUCCUGAAAAGAAGACUCUCGGGGCUCGAAGACCGGAUGGACGUCGAGGACGAAAGAAAGUUUGAGUUUCAGGUGAUGGAAGACAUGGGUGUCGAGCUUGGUUUGAACGUUGCUGCCUAUGCCGUGGGAAACUAUCGUUGCUCCACGAUGUAUCACUGGUCCUAAAUGAGGCGCAUAUGAAUGCAGAAA